UCGGGAUUGUGGGAAGUUGUCUUAUCUUAAAUGUGUAGAUUCUCCAUUUGUACCUCGACCUUUAUUUUCCCCCUUUUGAAGUGUCUGUGAGUGAGAACUGGCGCCGAGUUCUGCUUUUCUACUGGAGCAAAAUAUCAAUUGAGUUGGUUGAUUUGCAAAUAUUAAUCAUCGUUGUCUGUACACCUUUGUUCAAUUGUCUUCCAAAAAAGUUACCCCCACCUGCUGACUGAAACAUACUACGUACUUCGCAUAAAAUGCAAGAAUCAGUACAUGUUGGAUCCUUCCUAAAAUGAAACGGAUGAAAGAAAAGCACUAUGUUUGCGAUAAAAGAACUCAAACAUUAUACAAUCAAGAUGAUGAUUUUGGGAUUGAUUUGGGAGUCAACUGUUGGGAUUUUCUGUCGAGGGAAAAGUACAGAGUUUGAAGUUGUUUCUGUUCCAGAAUGUGAUUCAGUUGAUUCUAACCAUUUUACCAACAGUGAUAGGUUGGGUUACAGCAAGAUUAACCGUAAGGGGGUUUCCUUGGAUCAGUGGAAUUUAACAUCCCAGAAGUUAAUAGAUUCUUUUCCACUUGAUCCUAUCACAGAAAAUUAUGUACGUCAAGUGAGGGAUUGUAUUUUUUCAGCAGUUCAUCCAGAACCUUUCAACUCAGCAGUCAAGCUGGUCGCAGUUUCAAAGGAGGUUGUGGAAGACCUAUUGGACUUAGAUCUGUCUAUAACAGAGACCAAGGAAUUUAUUCAGUUUGUUAGUGGUGCGCAAAUUCUGGCUGGAUCUGUACCUCUCACUCAUAGAUACGGUGGUCAUCAGUUUGGAAUCUGGGUUGGCCAGCUGGGUGAUGGAAGAGCUCAUUUGCUUGGGGCAUAUACAAACAGGCAUGGUAUAAGAUGGGAGCUUCAGCUGAAAGGUUCUGGGAAAACUCCCUAUUCUCGAGAUGGUGAUGGGCGUGCUGUGCUCCGCUCUUCAGUAAGAGAGUUUCUUUGUAGUGAGGCCCUGAAUUAUCUUGGGAUCCCUACCACCAGAGCAGCCAGCCUGGUUGUGAGCAAUGAUGACAUAAAGAGGGAUCAAUUCUAUAACGGGAGUGUGAAGAAUGAAAAAGGUGCCAUAGUUCUUCGUGUAGCUAAAUCAUGGUUUCGUUUUGGGUCACUGGAAAUUUUGGCAUAUUCUGGAGAAACUGAAUUAUUAAGGAAACUGGUGGAUUUCAUUAUAAAACUACAUUUUCCUUUGAUAAACGUAACCAGCUCAAACAGGUAUCUGGAAUUUUUCGCUCAAGUUGUGACUGAUACAUCAUAUCUCAUCGCACAAUGGAUGUCGGUGGGUUUUGCACAUGGUGUGUGUAAUACAGACAACUUCAGUGUGCUUUCUGUAACGUUAGAUUAUGGUCCUUUUGGCUUUAUGGAUUUCUAUGAUCCGAAUUCUGUGCCAAAUACAUCUGAUGAUGAAGGCCGGUACAAGAUAGGGAACCAAGCCAGCGUUGGGAGAUAUAAUCUCGACAAAUUGCGGAAGGCUCUGAAGUCUUUAUUGAACCAUAAGCAACAGCUGUUGGCUGAACAAAUAUUAAAAGGAUAUCCUGAUCUUUAUCAGACCAAAUUAAUGGAAUUAUUCAAAGCAAAGUUGGGCUUGAUUGGACACGAUAAUAAUGAUGACUAUUUGAUUGCCUACUUGUUGAAGCUGAUGGAAGAUACAAGAGCAGAUUUCACGAUGACAUUUCGUCAGCUUAGUGAGAUUACGCAACAACAACUUGCGGCUAACAGUAUUUCUGAGGAAUACUGGGCCAUUCAAGAUCUUGCAAGACAUAAGAAGUUCUCAUACUGGAUUAACCUGUACUUGUCAAGGUUGAAUAGGAAUACAGAGACACCAAUGGCCCACCAACCCAGUGAGCAUUAUGGUGCACAGCUCAGACAAGGACCAACACUAGCACAUUGCUCUGAAAAAGCUUCUCUUUAUCUUCAGCGACUAAUUACUUCUCUUAGACAGGCAAUACUAGCAUCAGGGAACCUUAGGCUAGAAGAGGCCACAGACUCAUUGCCAGUGCCAUCUCUGAGGAGAUGUGUGACCCUUCAGAGGAUGUACAAGCAAAGUAUUCACUUGCAUUCUGCAGCAGCACAGAGACAAUCAUCUAAAGGGGCACUCCAUCUGGAUUAGACUCAGGGGUACAAUCUGCUGAACAUACCAUUGACACGAGUCUACAGUUGCUGGAGCAAGAAAUGCACCAGGUCUCUGACACUCAUAGAGUACUGCUGAAGACGAGGCACCUGCUUAGCUGAAUGCAGAAGAAGUGCCUUUGUAUUGUUCCCCUUGCAAGUGUGUCUUGCACAGUAGAGUUCCUUGGUAGUGGCUCUGCUAUGCAAAUGCAUGCUGUCCAAAGAGAGGAUGGCAGCUGUCAUGGAAACCUGGGUUCAGCAGAAUGCUCAGUCGCUGUCUGAUAUGCACUUGGACCUUAACUCCACUGGUUUAUCCAUGCAUACUCAGCAUUCUGGCAAGGCAGGAAGUGGAUGAUUGACCUUGGCCACACUUCAGGUGCUCAUUCCUUUCAAGAGGACAGUGUGGUAUCAGGAAGUAGCCACAUGGACAAGAAGUAAUAGACAGGCAUUCUGCUGGCUUAUUCUUGGCACCUAAGCGGCACCUUGUACCUCUCUCUCUCUCUGUCUAACCCCACCACCACUGCCUGUAACCCCAAUGCCCACAGCACUUCAAGCCAAGGAUGGGUGACCCUGCGUAUAGGCAGGAGACACUCAGCAGACUUGGGACAUCCGGGCCAUAAGACACCAGGAGAUGACUUUCCAAGCCUUCAAAGUCACCAGGAUGUUCCACAAAGCAGGCUACCUCCACCCCACCUGCAGACAUUGGGCCUGCAUCUAGAUGUAAUGGGAGGGAGGGUAAGUUAAAAAUAUCUGAGUGCAUGGCCAUGGCACAUGUUUUCAAUCAACUUGUGAACACGCCACUUUAGUAAAUAUUUAUUCACUUAGAGAGUCAUAGAGCAUGGAAACAUGCCCUUUGGCCCAACCCGUCCAUACCAAACAGGUUACCUAAGCUAAACUAGUCCCAUUUUCCUGCACUUGGCCAUAUCCCUCUAAACCUUUCUAAUCCAUGUACCUGUCCAAAUACCUC